AUGAAAUCGUUCUCCGCUGUUGUGCUUUUGUAUAUCUUCACGGUUAUUUGUUCGAUCAAAGUGGCCUGUGCGUCUACGAAAUCGACGCAAUCGACAUCUAGGCAGAAUAAGCUUUUAGGUCGUGCUGCUCUACCCGACCUUUACGAGACUUCUGUCGCUGAGUUACAGGAUGGUUUGGACACCGGAGAUUUCACAAGUGUGGACUUAGCAUAUUUUGCGCGGAUACAGGAAGUCAACCUCCGAGGGCCACAGUUACGCGCGCUUAUUGAAACGAAUCCAUCUGCACUACAGCAAGCUGUGGCUCUUGACGCAGAGCGACUCGUCUAUGGGAAGCGAAGCAUGUUGCACGGGAUCCCCGUGCUGGUGAAAGAUAACAUCGGAACUAUAGCGUCUGAAGGAAAAGCAAACUUAUCAGAGUUUGCUCAUUUCCGCGGUAAUCUUGCGUCAGGAUGGUCGGGACGUGGAGGUCAAUGUACCAAUGCAUACUUCCCCCACGCUGAUCCGUGUGGAUCCUCCGCUGGCUCUGGUGUCGCCGCAUCCAUUGGACUGGCGGCUGUGACCCUUGGCACUGAGACAGACGGUAGCAUCACCUGUCCUGCUGAUCACAACAAUGUCGUGGGAAUUAAACCUACAGUUGGACUGACAUCUAGGGCUGGAGUAAUCCCUAUAUCGGAACAUCAAGAUACGGUGGGACCACUGACUCGUUCGAUUGCGGAUGCUGCCAUCGUGUUAUCUGUGAUUGCCGGGCCGGAUGUGAAUGACAACUUCACGCUGGCACAACCACUACCUGUUCCCGAAUAUGCGCUCGCUUUGAACAAGACUGCACUCUCGGGCAAGCGGAUUGGCGUUCCUCGUUCUGUGUUCUUGAACGACACCAUCACCGGCAACGAUCCAUACGUAAACUUCAUCUUUGAGGAGGCCCUUUCUAUCAUUCGAAGCCUUGGUGCAACGGUGGUGGACCCUGCGGACCUACCAUCUGCCGAGGCGAUUGUGUCGUCAAAUAACGAAACAAUCGUUUUGGACGUUCAACUCGAUGCCUAUUAUGCCGCUCUUUUGGAGAAUCCUUCAGGCGUCCGAUCUUUGGCUGAGCUUAUCCAGUUCAACAAUGAUAAUCCGAGCUUAGAGGAGCCACCACGUUACACAGACCAAUCUAUUUUGAUUGCGUCAGAAGCAACCUCAGGAUUUAACUCAACCUACUACGCUGCUCUGGCAUUUGACAAAGAAAUGGGGGCAACCCAAGGCAUUGAUGCCGCGUUGAAGGCAUAUGACCUUGACGCCUUGGUAUUGCCUGCUCCUGGGUUCACUACAGUGCCAGCAGCCAUCGCAGGAUACCCUAUAGUAACAGUCCCUUUGGGAUUCUACCCGGACAACGUGACGAUCGGUCUUGCUGGACCGGAGACAGUAUAUCCGGCACCCGGCGUGCCGAUCGGCCUGUCGUUCUUGGGAACGGCAUUCAGUGAAUUCGAACUCAUCUCGUAUGCGUAUGCAUACGAACAGAAUACACACACUAGGCUUGCGCGCAAGGCAUACCCGGAGGCGAUUCCAACUGUGCAGUUGUGGGAUAUUAUCUAUGGAAGCUAUGGCGAUGAGUAG